AUGCGUGAAUACAAACUCGUUGUUCUCGGCUCUGGAGGUGUCGGGAAGUCGGCCUUGACAGUUCAGUUCGUACAGUCCGUAUUUGUGGAUCGAUAUGACCCAACGAUCGAGGAUUCCUAUCGGAAACAGGUCGAAGUGGACGGCCACCAAUGCAUGCUCGAGAUUCUGGACACUGCCGGCACGGAGCAAUUCACAGCAAUGCGGGAUCUCUACAUGAAAAACGGACAAGGCUUCAUCCUAGUCUUCUCGAUCAUCAUCUCACAAACUUUUGACGAGCUGACGGAGCUCCACAGGCAGAUUCAACGGGUCAAAGACACAGACACUGUACCGAUUGUCCUUGUCGGAAACAAGUGCGACCUGGAAAACGACCGCAAGGUCCCACGGGAGCGGGGCGUACAAAUGUCACAACGAUGGGGAGGCACGCCCUUCUAUGAGACCUCUGCACGAACCAGGAUAAACGUUGACGAGGUCUUUUACGAUCUCGUCCGAAUGAUCAACCGCCAGAACCCUGCCAGGACCGACAGGAAGAAGUCCGGAAAGAAAUGCUUGAUCCUCUAA